CAAUUCGACGAAACCUGGUUGGACAAAGAGAAGGAUCUUCCCGAGUGGCCCCUGAGCAUCAUGGCUGCUGGUACGUGACUCUACACUAACAGCAGUAUUUUGAUCAAUGCUCACCUUUCGAAGUCUACUACUGCAAAACGCACACAUGCCUCAUCCUUCUGAAUCGCCAAAGAAGUGACAAGCUGGCGACCCCUCAUGGAUCCGCCACCAAGCUUCCUUCAUCGUUCCGACCAGUUAACAAGACACCGUCUUCACCCCCUUCGCCAACGACACCCUCACCGAGUCUGCAACGGGGCAGACCUCUAGUACUUGCAUCUUCUGCGGGGAUCCUGACAGCUUACUUGUACUUCUACGCCCGUGCACCAGCAUCGCUCGUGUCUUGGACCAUAAGUCAACAAGCGUUUAACAGUUCCAUGUUGCUUCUCCUUGACGCACUAGAGACGGGUAAUUUUGACCAUGUGAGAAAAAUCGAGCACGCAUACAUUGUCUUCCGAGAUUUGCAAGACAAUGGCGUUCACAAGCUUGCAUCUUUGGCGGUGGAAAAGUUGAGAUCGACCUUUGAAAAGCACCAACGCCAAAUUGACGACGUACGAUGACGCAUGCAGUGUCAGAGAAGGCCCUCGCGAUACGGUAAUGGGCAACACAGGCAUGCAAAUACUCGAGGAUCAAGGCCUGCAAUCAUACAUAACCGAAUGCUUCGCGCCCUUCAUGUGCGUAGGAAUGGAAGCUGUGAGUGAGGCU